AUGGUUCUCACCUUAGAUUUGCAAGAUUUCCUUCUCCGGGGUCGGGUGUUGAAGCUGUACAGACAAGCUCUCAGGAUUGCGAGGAGAGCUCCAAAUGGUUCUAGUGAUGAAUUGAGGCAGAUAAUUAGACAAGAGAUUGAGAAUAACAGGACUUGCAAUGACAGGCAAAGGAUUAGAUUUUUGAUCAGUGAUGGCUUAGAGAGAUUGAAACGUUUGGAUGAGACACUUGAUAUGCAAGAACUUGUGAUGCCCAGUCUUCAUAGUAGAAACUUUCAUGAAUUUACAAUGGCUUCAAGUCAUCCAUUAUCUUGGAAUACUUGGGAUUUUUCCAAAACUGAUGGGCAGCCAAGUGGCCCUAACCUUUCAAAGUCCCAUUUUCAACUGGCUCAAUCUCCUUUGCUUGGGAGCCAACCUUUCUAUGUUCUAUUUUCAACUUCUCAAUUUCCCUUGGUUGGGAGAUUCCCGAGCCCUGAUUUUCUGCAGGGAGUAAUUGUGGGAGAUGGUGUUGGGAUUGAUGGUAGGAAAUCGUGCGAGUGUUUGAGACUAGUAACCAGGUCGUCAAUUUUGCCUAACAAAAUUUCCAUGUUAUCUAAGAAGGUUGCUAAAAAUAAUCAUUAUGAUUUGGGCCUAAGCCCAAACCAUAGACCCAUCGUAUCUGGUCGGGUCGGGUCGGGUCACCAGGUUGAAUUGGGUUUCAGAUUGGCCCAGCCGACCAAUUCAGGUCGGGUCAGUGCGGGCUGUGGGAGAGUCAUUGAAGAUGAUUAG